AUGGACAUUCCUCUCAAAGAGCUCGACAAACUCCAGAAGCUCACAACGAAUGGGAAGGGAAAGAGCGUCGGUGUAGCUGAGUCACUGGACGGUUUAUUGGCGGCGUUACGCGACGUGAAGGAGCGGGUCGAAUCAGGUACAGCGAGCGAGCAGGAUGUGGCGAAUAUUGAGAAGAUAGUGGAAGAACGGAGAAAGGAAAUUGACGAACGGCAGAAGGAGGUUCAUGCCACAUUGGGGCGUAUUGGGAAAGCAUUAGACAAGAAAUUUGCCAAUCCUGUACCGGAGUUGCCGCCUCUGUUCACUUCUGCGGAAGCACAAGAGGCACUGCAGCGAACUAUUGCUUUGCAUUUCCUUCGGACGGGUCAAUUUGAUACCGCUGAGGUGUUCUUGGAUGACUCAAACAUUGACAUUGCUCCGGGAACUACAGAUCAAUUCCGAGAAUUGCAUGAGGUUCUGACAGCUCUUAGGAAUCAGGUUAUACAGCCUGCAUUAUCAUGGUGCUCUCGGAACUCAAAGUUUCUGGCAGAACGAAACUCGCCACUUGAGUUCCAUCUACAUCGUUCCCAAUUCAUGCGAUUACUGCUCGCAUCAAAUCCUCCGAAUGAAUUUGCGGCCAUUACCUAUCUGCGAAAACGUAUGGCGCACCUUUGGGGCGUUUAUGAUAAAGAGCUUCUUCGUCUAUGUGGCUGUUUCACGUAUCAGUCCUUAGCAGACCUGCAGAUGUCGACUUAUGCAGAUCUUGCGUCGCCGUCUCUACACCUUGAUCUUGAGCGUAUGUUCGCGAAGGAGUACUGUGCGAGUCUUGGCAUGAGUCGGCAAGUGCCGCUUCGUGUUGUUGGUGAUAUUGGCGGAGGAGGUGCGUUAGCUCGUAUAGAGAAAGGAAGAAAGGUGAUGCGAGAACGAAAGAGUGAAUGGAGCCAGACAGAUGAACUUCCCGUGAGCUUCAUUGAGAUACCUCUUCCACCGGAGAAUCGGUAUCAUUCCAUAUUUGCAUGUCCUGUUUCCAAAGAACAGGCAACACCAACGAAUCCACCGAUGAUGAUUACAUGUGGUCAUGUCAUUGCCAAGGACAGUCUGGCAAAGUUGUCGAAGCCUCAAGGGAGAGCGAAGUGUCCUUAUUGUCCCCAAGAGUUCCAACAGAAUACCGCCCUGGAAGUGCACUUCUGA